AUGCCUGAACGACACGCAAAGAGGCUGCAGGGUUGGUCUCCACAAGCCGAAGCCAAGCCAGCAUAUCAUGUGGAUGGACGUGGUCGUAGUUGUGGUUGCGCUGACGGGCAUGUGGACCUCAUUUGCAUUGCAUUGUCCACCAGCGGCGGACCGUGGCGGCUGCCUGUUCGAAAAGAAGGCAGUGAUCGAUCAAAACCCAGUCAACGCUGGAAGGGAGAGCGGGAUCUUCCCAUCAGUGAAAUCAUAACGCCUCGGAUAUUAUUUCGAACAAAGAUAGGGGUCUCAGUCGAGACCAAAGGGCUGGGCUCUUUCAAGCUCAUGCAUGGGCUAGCCAUUUUGAUGGUUCCUGCCUGUGCGACGAAGCCACCGACUCCUAGGUUUGGACAAGCUGAUUUAAACACAACUGCUAUUGACCGAUUCCAAAACGUUCGAUAUACCGCUUCUGCCGCUUUAACGGCCACACGAGCCGUCCCUCUAAACAAAUGCCUGAGUCAAGGGAAUGAAGGAUGGGCAUCAGUGUCUGCGCCAGAAGCUCUAUGGUGUUCAACGGCCCAUGCUGGCUUGGUGAUCGCGGCUCUGGCUGGCAGGCUAUUCCCAAAUGGUGAAAGUGACUAUGCUCGAGUUGGCCAAGGUGGCAGCUGA